AUGGAGGCAGAAGCUGCACUCAAGCACCACGGGGUCCAAAGUCCCCAGAGUGACUGCAUCCUGGUCCUCACCUUCGGAAUUGGGAGUAAUUUCAAGAUGCCUGUAGCGCUGGUACACAAGGCUGUUGGUCGAAUUUGCAGGAAUGAACUCGCGGUGGUCCCACCCUUCAUUGCCACGCUGCUUCUGGUUUCCCUGGAGAACCGAGGUGCGGCCACUGUGGUACAGCGGCUGACCUUACUGUGGACACGAGUGGAGCCGGCCCUGGGCGACUCUGAGUGGCAGCCCAAGUUCAUCUUCUGCUUCCGACCUCUUCCCUGCCAGGGGAAAUACGUGGUCUGCUUCGACCCACUGGACGGAUCUUCCAACAUUGACUGCCUGGCCUCCAUCGGAACCAUAUUCGCCAUCUACAGAAAGGCCACAGAGGAUGAGCCUUCUGAAAAGGACGCCCUGCAGCCUGGCCGCAGCAUCGUGGCCGCGGGCUAUGCGCUGUAUGGCAGUGCCACCCUGGUGGCUCUUUCCACGGGGCAGGGAGUGGACCUCUUCAUGCUUGACCCGGCUCUUGGUGAAUUUGUCCUGGUGGAAAAAGAUGUCAAGAUUAAGAAGAAAGGGAAGAUUUACAGCCUCAAUGAGGGCUAUGCCAAGUAUUUUGAUGCUGCCACCGCUGAAUAUGUGCAGAAAAAGAAAUUCCCUGAGGACGGCAGUGCGCCCUAUGGGGCCAGGUACGUGGGCUCCAUGGUGGCCGACGUGCACCGCACCCUGGUCUAUGGAGGGAUCUUCUUGUACCCAGCCAACCAGAAGAGCCCUAAGGGCAAGCUCCGGCUCCUAUACGAAUGCAAUCCUGUCGCCUACAUCAUUGAGCAGGCGGGGGGCCUGGCGACCACAGGCACCCAGCCCGUACUGGACGUGAAGCCGGAGGCUAUUCACCAACGAGUCCCCCUCAUUCUGGGGUCCCCAGACGAUGUGCAGGAAUAUCUCGCUUGUGUGCAGAACCAGGCAGGAAGGUAGUGAGUCUGACCCCAUGGGCCUGCUUCUCCCUGCCUUGUACUUGUCCUGAGGGCCCGGAAUGAACGAUAAACAGAGCCGGUGGUGAUGAGAAUGCAAAGGCGAGCCCGCCCGACCCCAUGCAGAAGAGCAACCACAAACUGCUAGAGACAGGCUCACAAGCCACAGGCGAUUCUGUGGUCAACAUAAAGGGCUAAAAAUAAAACCCACAUGUGAAAAGAA